AUGGAAUCAAACUCCACGAAUCAAAAUUAUGACUUAUACCAAAAAUUUGAUGGGACAUUUGUUGAUAAAACAAAAACAGCAAGUAUGGUAAAGUCAUAUUUAUGUGAUCUAAUGACUGCAUUUCCAAACGAAGAAGCAAAAGAAGAACGUAUUGAUGAAUCAAAUCUUCCUUAUUUACGUAUCAAUCUUCUUGUAAGACCCGUACCUCCUAAAUUUUCAAAAAAGCCAACAAAAGUUAUGAGAAGACCAAUAGGAAUUCAACAAUUAAAACAAGACUUUUCAAGACUAACGUUUGUUUUAUCUAAUAAUGAGUAUUUUUUAUUUAAAACACUUAAAAAAGAUAGAAAAGAUAUUGUUAUUAAAAUGAAUCAAUUAUGGAUUCAAUAUAUUGAUAAAAUUAUGGAACUAUCACAUGACUUAAAUAGUUUAUUAAAUGCUGAAAUUCAAGGUGGAGAAAUUAGUAUUAUUCAAUCAAAAAAUCCAUCACUUGUUGGUAAAAGAGGUAUUUGUGUUUAUGAGUCAAAGAAUGUUAUUGUUCUUGCAACUCCAACAACUCCAGUAACAAUUACAGUUAUUCCAAAAGAAGUUGUUAAUAUGAAAUUACAUUAUAAAGAUAAACGUAUUAUUUUAUAUGGAAGAAAUUGGACAAUAAGACCAUGUGAUAGAAUUGAAACAAAAAAUUUCAAAGAAAAUAAACCAAUUCAUUUUGAAUAA